GCGGCGGGUGCCCAAUCCAAGAUGGCGGUGCAGGAAUCAGCUGCUCAGCUCUCAAUGACUUUGAAGGUGCAGGAGUAUCCCACUCUCAAGAGAAUGGUCUGAACACUGUUUUGUAUAAGAAGCCCAUCAUAUAUACAUUACAAUAUGCAGCUGUAUUAGGUCUUGAUUACCCUAGGAAAUAUCAUCUACUUGGUAUUGGAACAGGAAACGUCCAAGGUACCAUACGAAACGCUGAAUAAACGAUUUCGAGCUGCACAGAAAAACAUUGAUCGAGAGACUAGCCACGUUACUAUGGUUGUUGCAGAGCUGGAGAAGACAUUGAGCAGUUGUCCUGCUGUGGAUUCAGUUGUUAGUCUCCUUGAUGGAGUAGUUGAAAAGCUCAGUGUUCUGAAAAGAAAGGCUGUUGAAUCAAUCCAGGCUGAAGAUGAGAGUGCAAAGCUUUGUAAACGCAGGAUUGAGCACCUUAAAGAACAUAGCAGUGACCAACCAGCCGCUGCAAACAUGUGGAAGAAAAAACGUAUGGAUCGCAUGAUGGUGGAACAUCUCUUGCGCUGUGGCUACUAUAAUACAGCUGUAAAACUAGCCAGGCAGAGUGGCAUUGAGGAUCUGGUAAAUAUUGAGAUGUUCCUGACUGCUAAAGAAGUAGAAGAAUCUUUGGAAAGACAGGAAACUAUGACUUGCUUGGCUUGGUGUCAUGAUAACAAAUCCAGGCUCAGGAAAAUGAAGGGGCUCCAAAAUGAGAGUGAACCGAAGAUGGGAUGCAAAACUAAAUCGGCCAGUGAUUACUCUAAAGAAAAUGAUGAUGUUGUUAUGGAAACCAUUAAAGGAAAACCAGAAUUGAGCUGUCUGGAGUUCAGCCUAAGGAUUCAGGAGUUCAUUGAACUCAUUCGACAGAACAAGAGACUGGAUGCUGUGAGACAUGCAAGAAAGCAUUUCAGUCAGGCUGAAGGAAGUCAGUUGGAUGAGGUCCGACAAGUGAUGGGAAUGUUGGCCUUUCCUUCAGACACUCAUAUUUCCCCUUAUAAGGAUCUUUUGGACCCAGCACGAUGGAGAAUGCUGAUUCAGCAAUUUAGAUACGAUAACUACAGACUACAUCAGCUGGGAAACAAUUCUGUUUUUACUAUAACCCUCCAGGCAGGCCUUUCAGCUAUAAAAACACCACAGUGUUAUAAAGAGGAUGGCAGUUCAAAAAAUCCAGACUGCCCUGUGUGUAGCAAAUCCCUGAACAAGCUGGCUCAGCCUCUGCCUAUGGCACAUUGUGCCAACUCCCGACUAGUCUGCAAGAUUUCGGGGGAUGUAAUGAACGAAAAUAAUCCUCCCAUGAUGUUACCAAAUGGAUAUGUGUAUGGAUACAAUUCUCUGCUUUCUAUUCGUCAAGAUGACAAAGUAAUUUGCCCAAGAACCAAAGAAGUCUUCAAUUUCUCACAAGCUGAGAAAGUCUACAUUAUGUAGGUCCAUAACACAUGUGAUGAAGUGCCGCUGGAAUUUUGACACAGUAUAUACUGGCAUACCCUGUCAAGGGGGGCCUUAAGGUGUGGCAAAGAAGCAAAAUCUGCCACUUUGGGGAUCAGACCUGUCGGUGGCAUUAUUGUUUCUUGCGACCAAAGAUCAAUGAGCAACAAUACACACUCUUAAAAAGAGAGGAAUUAUGACUUAAGUUUGUACUUGAAAAAGAAACAACACAUUUUGAUUGUUAGGGUUUUGUAACAUAAGGUCAAAAUUGGACUCUGCUCAAAAGUACUUUCAUCUUUUAAAGGAUAAUUUUCUUUAAAGAUGGACAUUUGCACUGGGGGAAAUGUUACAAUAAAUUUGAAAUUAAAUCCAUUUUCCUUCCCUCUGUUUUUCACAAUUGUCCAAGGCCCUCUUAUUAUCAAAAAUUUCAGUUAAUACAAGUGUGUUCUCUUCUAAGAUCCUCUUUUUUCCUUCUUUUUUUGAUCCUCUUGUGAAGUAAAAAUUCUGAAUAUAGGUCAUUGUAACUUAUUUCUGUGGGAGGAUACAGAUGUUAUUGACACAAGACUGGCUUCACUUGAGGAUCAACUUGGGAACUGGUUUGAAGGAGAAUGAAGUCCUUUUUUUAUUUUUAUUUUUUCCCCAAACCCAAAUAUUUUAAGGAAGUUGCAUAAAUAUCAAGAGGAAUCGGGAACAUUUCAGGCAAAAUACACUGCUUGUUUGAAUGUUCUUUUUCCAGUUUACCAUAGUGUUAAAGUCCUUCUAAAAUUAUUAGUUAUGUGCAUAGGGUUCAAUAUCAAAUCAUUAGUGCUACUGCCUUAUUUCUUGCUUUGAGAAUGUACUCACAUGAAAAUCAACUGGUAUCCUUAAGUGUCGGGCGAAAUUUCUGAAGAUGCCUUGCAGGAUGAUUACAUAAUUUAGGGUCUAAAUAGAAUUCAUUACUGAAACUAAUAGUUCAGUUUUAAUGACUACAAAACACAUCUUUAUGAAUUUUCAGAAGAAUAAACCAUUGUAGUUUAAACAAAACCGUAUUGUAGAGGUUUGUAUUUAGCGCUUAUUUUUGCAUGUUGAUGUUGAUUAGCUAAUAAAAGAUUGUAAAUGUACAACCUGUUAAUAAAAAUUGUUUUCCAUUUCUUGAUUAUACAGAAUUAGAAAGCUGAUUUGUAUUUCUAAUGCAAACAAAUUGUUUCCCAUUUUAUAAGGACAUCUCAAAUUGGGAGUUCCCCAUCUUUUAAAAAUCAUCUUGUAUAACAUUUCAAAGAGUGUCUUUGUUCCUAAUUGUCAUUCUUCAAACUUCUGAAACUGAGCAGCCUGAUCACAUCAACUAUCAUUAGGUGAAAAUUGAAUGCUGUGUAUAUAGUGAUGAAACUUCUACAAUCUUCAGCCUUAUCCAAACACUGUCCACCAGUUCCUAGGAGAGGAUUGUCUGAUAUUUUGGUGGUCUUCUAUUAAAAUGAUUCUGUUGGAGACA